CAUUUCGACCCGCACGCAUUGCCCAAUGCUCUUCUGUGAUCAGAUGCUGAAUUUCAAAUUCACUCUUAUGGGCAAGCUCAGUGCCUGUAGUACUCCCCUGCGUGGUGAGAUUUAGUGCCACCAUCAGUCCUACGAUACGGAUAUUGAUGGGACCUGUGUGGUUUAUUUUAAUCUCGCACAUCGGAUUCAAAUUUAAGCGUAUAAAAGCGGGUUCUAGAGUCUUAUCUAGUACGAGCGUGCAAUGGUCGCGCCCAUAGUCAAUACAGGGAUUCAGACAGCCAAGUAUUGCAAUGUGGCUGGUCUAGGAGUUUUGAUUUUCGAUUAUUUCUUAAUGCUCGGGGCUGAGGUUCGAUGGACAUGGAACAGGCACUGGGACGCUAGUCGUGUUCUUUUCGUGAUCUCACGCUACAUAGCCUUUGUAGCAGCUGGCAUGACUUCAUACACUGCCAUUGCUACACGAGCGAACGAAAAUUGCUCCCGCUUCAGCCAAGCUUCAAAUGCAAUUCACAUCAUCAGUAUUGUAGCUGCUGAAGGUCUUUUGAUCAUUCGUACAUAUGCAUUCUGGAAACAGAACAAAAAGCUCUUGGCAGUGUUACUGGUCAUGGCGGCGAUUUGCAUAGCGUUAGCUGUUAGUAUUACGCAAGUCGUUAAUAAUCUAGCGGCGCCUGCAAACCCUUCAGAUCCCCCCACAAGCAACUGCACGUUCGAAGCGGGUCGCAGCAGUGCCAUUCAAUAUGGCUUUCUCGUGGCCUUCGAACUGUUACUAAUGUCUUUAACGGUGUUCAAGAGAUAUCAAGAUUACAGAUAUUCCAACAGUCGUCUAGUGAGAACCGUCUUCCAGGGCGGAGUGCGAUAUAUGACCGCCAUCAUUUUUGUUUCUGUGGCCAAUAUAUUGAUUAUGUCUGUGGUGCCGGUAUCAUACGACGAAAUGAUGGACGUGCCACAACUUGUCCUCCACAGUAUGUUAGCAUCCCGCGUGCUUUUUAAUCUGCGCGAAAGUGAUCAGGGAAUGGAUGGGACAACAUUGCAGAUGUCGGCAUUUCGUCCGGCUUAGUACAAUACAAGGAAUACCUCACUUGGACUUGAUCGAUUGUCCUGCAGUCGCAGUAUGCCACAUCAGAAUGUAUAAGUAGACUAGCAUAAAGAUCUCGCCUAUCAAGGAC